AUGAAGGUCCACGUAUUUGGGAACAGCCCCUUCCCAGCAGUGGCUACAUACGGUAUACGGAAGACAGCUGAGCAUGCCUCAACAUUUUAUGGUAAAGACACAAAAUACUUUAUCGACAACAACUUGUAUGUCGAUGAUGGACUUAUCUCCCUCCAGUCAGCAGAGGAAAUCAUCAGUCUUGUGCAAAGGACACAAAAGGCACUCUCGGAAGUUGGAAAGUUAAGGCUUCUGAUUGCAUCUAACAGCACAGCAGUGCUAAAGGCCUUUGACAACAGCGAUCUUUCCAGUAGUAUCAAGGAUCUCAACCUAGAUGUUGACACCCCUCCAGUCCACAGGAGUCUAGGUCUGUGUUGGAAUAUAGCAGCUGAUCAUUUCACAUUCCAAUCUACUGCGGAACCCAAACCGUAUUCACGGCGGGGAGUAUUAGCAACAGUCAACAGUCUCUAUGAUCCUUUAGGCUUUGCUUCACCCGUCAGUUUGAAAGGAAAACUUCUUCUUCGGGAUCAUGUUAACUGUACCCUAGACUGGGAUGAUCCCCUACCCGAAGACCGUCGUGAGGAAUGGGAAACAUGGAGAAACUCCCUAUCGUACCUUAACCAAGUUCAAGUUCCGCGGCAGUACGUCAACAUGUCAUCGUCUGCAGUCAAUGGUCAAAUUCACAUAUCCGGCGACGCUCCCAGGAGGCUAUAG